AUGGAGCUUCCCCGGCCGCGAAUAGCUGCUCAUGUCAGCAAAAAUACGCUCCUGGCACCCGGUGACGGUGACGUCGGGAGGUCCAUGCCCCUCCUUCACCGGCGAGCCAUUUUUCUGCGUUGCUACUUAGAUUCUCCUUUAUUCAAUCUCUUCACCUCUAAACAACUACUAAAGGUAUCAUCCAACCUUCCUUGGUUCAGCAAUUGA